UUAAGGACUUGGCGGUCGCGUUGCUGGAUCCUCGGGCCAAUGAGGACGAGAGAGCCACGUUGUCGCGCGAUAGCCCCGUGAAAAGUGCAGCGUGAAAGUGCACGACCGUGUCUCAAGGAUGUGCGUCUAAGGGUCCGAAGAACCUGGCUGGCGAGAAGAAGCAGGUAGAGGCAUCGCGCGCUGCGCAGUCGAGUCGCAGGUUUGCCCGCGCGGCAUGUGCACGACGGAGAUGACUGAAUCUUACACGAUGUCGCCGUCGACGACGGUAUCUUCCAGCGGGGCGACGCCCGGCUGUAUGAGCAGCUCGCCGGCGCACCGACGGACGUCGUGCCGAGGUUCGCCGAGCCGGGGAGAUGUGCAGGACGACGACGACGAGAUCUCUGUAGGUUGCCCCAGCCCAUUGCCGCUGGUCAUGGUGGCAACUGCGGCUGGCAACACGGAGGAUGAGCUGAUGGCAUCUUCGAGGGAGGACUACGCGGAGCGCUUGAGCCCGAGGAGGUCUUAUCCUCGCGAUGCGCUCACGGAGGAUGAGGAGAGUUACAGUCGCAACGGCGACUACAGGAUGUCGAACGGCCGAACGGCCAGGACUCGCGAGAGCGGUGACUCGGUCACGACGUUGAGGGACGAAGAUGAGGACGACGACGACGAGGAGGAGGACGAAGACGUCGACAGCAGGACCGGCAGCAACGGCACAGCGGCUGCUGCCGCCACCACGGACGACUACUUCAAGCCGCUCAAACGUUUGAAGAUGGUGCAGAUGCAGCACUCGGACGAGGAGGAUGAGCGGGAACGCGAGUCCAAUGACCGCGGCGUCAAGUCCUUCAGCAUCCUCGACAUCUUGUCGCAUCGGCCCAAGGCGAAGAUCGUCCGGCCCUGGGAUACAGUGGACUCUGGCCUCGCUCACCAGCACCGCCACCACCUGCACCACCACCAUCACCAUCAUCACCAGCAGCAGCACCAUCCGCACCACCUGCACCAUCACCACCACUCGGCCGGGCCGCGGGACCUCUCGCUCAUGGGCAUGUCCUUGGCGUCCAUGUCUAGCUCCAUCAGCGAGCCUCCCCUCAGCAGCUCCUCGUCGUCCGGCAGGAGCUCCGUGUCGGACUCGGGCAGCCCGGACCCCUUGGCCCAUCAUCACCACCAUCACGCUACGCUCCACCACGGCAUUCACCCCGGCCUCCAUCACCCGGCGCUGCAGCAGCCUCAACAGUCGCAACAGCAGUUCAAGCGGAAGUCAUCGCAGCAGCAGCAGCAGCAGCAGCAACAGCAGCAACAUGGCUCGCACGCUGGGCAGAACGGCAAGAGGACCACCGGCCAAGGCAGUCCCUUGGACGCGCUCUUCCAGAUGACCAGCAAGACCUUCGACGCGGGCGAACACAGCCAAGAACAAGCCAACCAUUUGAACCUGUUCAACAACCGGCAACAGCCGAAGAAGAAACGCAAAAGCCGGACCGCGUUCACGAAUCAGCAGAUCUUCGAGCUGGAGAAACGAUUCCUCUACCAGAAGUACUUGAGCCCGGCCGACAGGGACGAGAUCGCUGCGCAGCUCGGCCUGAGCAAUGCCCAGGUGAUCACGUGGUUCCAGAACAGGAGGGCGAAGCUCAAAAGGGACAUGGAGGAGCUGAAGAAAGACGUGCAAACUGUAAACCCGCUGCUGGUCGCGCAGCAUCACAAGACCUUCCUGGAGAAUGUGCAGGAUCUGGGGAUCCUGAAGAAACGACCAUUGCCAAACUCCAUGGACGAGAAGUCGUAGGACGCCCGAGAGCGACUUAGCCUUAAGACUUUCUUUCUGCGUGCAAUCGAGGCUCGACGGUGGCGGAGCAAUCGGAUGUAACGGAUGUGUCACAUGUGUGUUGUUAGGUGCUUGCAAAAGUUCGUCGGAUUGCGGAUAAGUGGAGGUUACUGCGGGUUGACAGUUUUGUGUUUUCACGGAGCUUUAUCAAUUCAAGAAGGUACUGGCUCAUGAUUUUAAAAUUUAUCCACGGCGUCUAAAGCAACGACAUAACCUCAUUUUCAUUAUAGGUAAAAACGGUAAAAACCUGAUAAAAUGUGUACCUACGCCAUUAUAGGCUUUUUUGUUUUAACCAAAAAAGACUGCUGCGGAAAGAAAAUGCUUAUUCGCCAUAUUUGAUUUCAUUUAUUCAGAUCGAUGCAACGCGACUUUUCCGGUAUACGAUUUGUUAAUGUCGAGAAAGUGCGAAAAUGGAUCGAUAAUUGUCUCAAAAGAUGUAUCGUUUUUGGAAAUGGGAUCAGACAGUUAUAUCUGAAAGAAAAUGAAUAUGUGUGUGGUUUUACUCACUGCUAAUUAAAUAAGUACAUCUAAAAGCCCGACGAAUUUUUGCAAGCAACGAUUUUCCUCGUGCGGGAGCCACACGCGAAGGUCAAUUGCCGCAAGCCGAAAAUGGCCGAAACACUGGCUCGCGCGAUAUGUUUCUUUCGAUGCGUCGCUCGGUACUCUUUCCGACGCAUUUCCACGCAUUUCCUGCUCUUCCAUAGGAAAGGCGCAAGGAACAUUCUCCGAUCAAGAGUCCCUUUUUCUUCUUUCGUUGAUCGCUCGAUAUCCUUCGGCAGUCGCUCGAUAACUUUACCCACUGAUCCGCUGCUGAUUUAAAUCUUGGUUCUUCGCGGUCUUUCUGCGUGUCAAACGUUUUCGCGAGUUUUCAUUCACCAGUUGUUUACCAUUAGGACGUGUUAAUCUCGACCGCGAGAUGUGUUAAUAUUUUAUUGCCUAUCGCAAUAUCCGCAGCCUCACGUCGAGGAUUCUACCUGCAAAGUUGUCUCAUUCGAACUUGUUGGUUCAAUGAGCACGGUUCUAUGAGCACGGAUCUGUAAGAUUUAUCGAAGGCUUGCGAAGAUUUAUCGUACAUCCCACGUGUAGUCGAACAAUUACCCGAGAAACGGCGAAACUUUGAUCGGAUAUGACGGUGACGUUAUUAUCAACUAAAAAAAAAUUCGGCUAAAAAUCGAACUGACUUUCUCAAGUACCGAGUAACGAAAGGUGGAACGCGAUCGCAUUCGGAGGGAAAUUUUCGUCGCACUUGUCAGACCCGAAAGUGGCAUUUUCGUGUGUGGUGCAGUCGCGGCUUUAGGUGGGAACGAAAGCGCAUCGUAGUCUGCGCGCAGCGCAACAUUGUAUCAUAAUGUAUUUAUUAUAUAAAAUCGCGGACGCGCGAGAGAGAAGGAGCGCGCGGACCAUGAAGAGGGCCGAUUGAAAAACCGUCGAUAAUAAAUUAUUAAGCGAACAUUAUCCCUGAUAAAUUAUAAACGGCGACGCGUCCUCGUCGCCGUCGUGUAUAUACAAUGUAUAUAUAUAUACCGUUUCCUCGAUAAUAUUACGCAUAGACAUGAUAUAGAGCCGUUAUACAAGAUUAGAAUUAAAGGAAAAGAAAAAAGAAAAAAAACAAUGAAAUCUCGUAAACGAUAGAUGGGACACUGCAAUAUACCUGAUUAUGAGUUUAAUUAGUGAAUUUAGGGAGAGCGAUUAUAAGAUGUACAUCUACGUAAUGGCGGUUCGUAAAGUGAUAGCGAGGCGCGUGUGUAAACCGACUUAGUAUACAGUGUAUAGCGAAGCUAAAUAAAUGGAAACAUUAUUGAAACGAA